GGGGGCGGGGCCGGCGGUCACGUGGCCGGGCGGCGGCGGCGCAGGCGCGGGCAGAGAGCGCGCUGGUGCGGGCGGGCCCGGCGGCCGCUCCCCUCGCUGGCAGUGCUCGCUAAGAUGGCGGACUUCCUGCCGUCCCGCUCCGUGCUGUCGGGCUGCUUCCCCGGCUGCCUGCUCACCAGCGGCGAGGCCGAGCAGCAGCGCAAGUCCAAGGAGAUCGACAAGUGCCUCAACCGCGAGAAGACGUACGUGAAGCGCCUCGUCAAGAUCCUGCUGCUGGGCGCGGGCGAGAGCGGCAAGUCCACCUUCCUCAAGCAGAUGAGGAUCAUCCACGGGCAGGACUGGGACCGCGCGGCCCGCGAGGAGUUCCGGGCCACCAUCUACAGCAACGUGAUCAAGGGUGUAAGAGUCCUCGUGGAUGCCAGAGAGAAACUUCAUAUCCCUUGGGGAGAUCCUGCUAACCAGAGUAAUGGAGAUAUGAUGAUGGCAUUUGAUACUCGGUCCGUCACGGUGGUGCAAGGCAUGGUGGAGACGGCAGUGUUUUUACAGUACCUUCCAGCCAUCCGAGCUCUUUGGGCGGAUAGUGGUAUCCAGCAUGCCUAUGACAGACGCAGAGAGUUCCAGCUGGGGGAAUCUGUGAAGUAUUUCUUGGACAACUUGGAUAAACUUGGAGAACAAGACUAUCUUCCCUCACAGCAAGACAUACUGCUGGCACGAAGGCCCACAAAAGGGAUUCACGAGUACGACUUUGAAAUAAAAAAUGUUCCUUUCAAAAUGGUUGAUGUAGGUGGCCAAAGGUCAGAACGGAAACGUUGGUUUGAAUGCUUCGACAGCGUCACAUCGAUACUCUUCCUUGUUUCCUCAAGUGAAUUUGACCAAGUGCUUAUGGAGGAUCGGCAAACGAAUCGCCUUACGGAAUCCCUGAACAUUUUUGAAACGAUAGUCAAUAACCGGGUUUUCAGUAAUGUCUCAAUCAUUCUCUUCUUAAACAAGACGGACUUGCUUGAGGAAAAAGUACAAAAAGUGAGCAUCAAAGACUAUUUUCCAGAGUUUCAAGGGGAUCCCCACUGCUUAACGGAUGUCCAAAAAUUCCUGGUGGAUUGUUUUCGUACUAAACGCCGGGACCAGCAGCAGAAGCCCCUCUACCACCACUUCACCACUGCUAUUAAUACAGAAAACAUCCGGCUAGUUUUCCGCGACGUUAAAGAUACCAUCCUUCAUGACAACCUCAAGCAGCUGAUGUUACAGUGAUGUGCAAAAAGACAUUUUUAUUUGAGUAACUUGUGUGUUGUCUUUUUUAACUAGAAGUUUACAGCAGGAAUAGAGAAAUCCAGAUCCUGUCAGACUUCUUGAUAUGUGGCUAAAAGCUGCUGCUGAACACAUUAUUGCCAAUUUCUGCAGAAAUUCAGGCUUAAUCUCUUCCAGUGUAGCUUCAAGUUGACUCAAGUUGUAAUUUUAUAGCAGACCUAUGUCUAAGUUACCUGUAAAGUGAUAAAUCUGACCUUUUACAAACAUGUAUGUUAUCCUGGAAUAUUCAUUCCACCUUCAGAAUUUUAGGUCCAAACUUCAGUGAAAUUGUUGCAAUUGUUAGACUGUGGCAGUAAUUUAAGGGAUGGGGGGGAAGAAACUUCUCACAUCUGACUUCAUUAUGAAGACUGUGAUACCAUAGCUGACUUAUGUUUUCUCAGGUCUAUUGUUGGUUAGGAAUUCCCAUGUUGCUGGAAUCACCUGUUUGAAGCUGGGAUUCCUGGGUGUAGCGUGCCUCCUGUUGAAGUAUAAAUCUUUGUGUGGAGUUUAAUGAGGAGAUGCUUUAAAAAUACUGAGUUUGGGGGCUUCAGACGUACCUGGCAGGAAGUACUGACGCAGGCAGAAGCCCAGGGACGAGGAAUUAGUGAGUAGCACAGGACACGGUUUCACUUGAUUGCGUUGUGCGUACGUCUUAGAGCCAUGGCAAAGCACAGAGCACUAUGAUACGGUCCUCCUGAAAUUCCGAUGUGGGGAGGGGGGAGUAAGCUAAACUGGUAUUUCUUAUCUUCACUAACCAGAUGUUAUGUGUAGGUACCUUGCCUGUUCUUGAGGCGCUUUAAUAUAGCACUGGUUUAUUUUUUCUUUCUUCAUGACGUCUUACACUAUGCCUCAUCUUAAUCAGUAAGCGUUCGGUGACGGAUAGAAGUACUUGCAAACCUAAGUGCCUCCUUGUAUUCUGUCCUCCUACGGCAUUUUCAGUGGCCUUACGUGAGCAUGUGUGUUCCCAGCAGAGGCCUUGUGUAGCUGACACCAUGAAGAUGAAUGUCUUUUUUCGGGGGGAAAGAACAACAUGUCACAGCAGGACGUGCUUCAGCUGAUGAGGUUCUUUCUGAGACUUUCCAAUUGGGUCUAGCAAUCCUAAGUGUACUUGAGCCAUAUAUGUUGCACAGCACACUCCUGAGUGCUACUUGUGACUAAGAUUAUGUUACCAAAAGUUCCAUUGCAAUUUCUUUUCUUUUGUGGUUUCUUUAUUAUAUAUUUUUUUUUGCGGGGUGGGGCGGGGGAAAGGGGUUGUUACAGUCGCCAUGUGAUUAGGAGAAAAAAAAAUACUACUUGCCCAGAGAUUCUCGUAGGCCACACGGCAUUCUGCAAAACACGAGGGAGCUUGUGAGUUUGUGUUUUAAAAAGUAGGACCGUUACCAAGUUCCCCCCAGACUGUAGUGUCCUGCAGGCAGUUCAGCUUGCCACUUUGCCCUGUGGAAGUGGGCAAUUCCUGUGGAUCGUGAUGCUGGCCAAUACUUCCUUAAAUUAAUUUUUAUUAACAUACCGUGCACGUGGCAAGCGGUGUGAUCUGAUGUUCUCGCUGCUUGGAGCAGCGUCCCUGCUAGGACAUAGGAAAGCUGCCCAUCUUCUGAACUUAGCCUUUUACUUACUGUGAUUGUAAGUUGUAUUAACAUCUCUGUACCUCGUUCUCCUGUCAGUAGAAGGGGAAUAGUGUAUUUUUAUUUAGUUAGGUGCUUUGAAAGACCUCUAUUUUUUUAUAUCAUCCAAUGAGUUAGUUAUAAAUUAGUCUGCGAUUGCUGCGAUAAGGCACUAUUUUAGGAGGAAAGAAUUCUGGAAAGAGUUUGGGAGGAGUCACAGUGCAUAAUCUAAACAUAAACAUAAAGUCUGUGUGCAACGCUGAUCUUGGAAGGAUUAAUGUAAUAUUUAGAUGGAGAUAUUAAAUGUAGAUUUUGCUUCCUUACUGGACGUGGAUAUGAUUACUUCUGGUUUGUGUUUGGGUCAUAUGUGAGCAAUUCAAUGAACUAGAGACCUCAGGAAAGGCUAGUGAGGCUAUUUAAAGGAUUGGACAACGUGCCUGUAAUGGGACCCCAGAAGUUUUCAGUUUUCCUCUCUGGAGAAGGAUGACAGGUUGAUUGGGUUGAGCUACAAGUGCUACACAAGCAGAAAACAAAGCUCUGUCUUGAACAGAGUCCGCUGUUGGAAAGCAGAAGUUUAGCAAAUCCAUGCCCUUGGUAGUCAACAAGAGGAGGAAUAGCUUUGGUUUUCUCCUUUGCUGACAGUUGUCUGAACAAGUUUCUUCUUUGAAAGAGACUCAUCUCUGCUCUGAUUAAAAGAAUUCAUUUGGAGAGGGACUGUAGUAUGUGUUUUGCAGGAUGUCAGACUAGACAAUUGCAGAAAAGAGUAAAGACUGGAUAGAGGAUAACACGAGGAUCACCAGGAAUUUGUCUAAACAAAUUUGUUUAUGUAAAAUAUUGAUGAAUUUUGUGUUAAGGAACCUGUUAAAAUUUACUAAAGAUCCUCAAACCUGAUGUUAGUUUAAGGACAUGGCGCCGGGCACUUCUGAUGUUAACUAAGGUGGGAAGAACAUUCAGCAGGCUUCUCUCCUGUAUCAAAAGACGUGUUUUUAAUCCUUUCAGAUCGCUUUCCCUGUGAACACCAGAGCCUGUGCGAUGGCAGGGUGGGCCCCGCAGCGCUGGGUCACUUGUGACACAACAGGCCCUGGUAGAAAAGCACUAUAGGAAUCUCAGGCAGAAAUGAAUUCUUUUAAUGAAAUGAGUGAGUCAAAUCACUCCGGUUUCCCACUCCCACUUCUUGAGAGGGGGUGAGGCAACUCACCUUGAUGUAACUGUUUACAUGGUUCCUAAGUUAAUACGCUGGGUAAACAAAUCGAAGCAGCGUUGGGUUUUUCCAUCUUCACGCUUACUCUUCGUUAGCUCCCUGGAAAGGAGCACAGCCUGAACUGUUGUAUUGCUUUUUAGAUUUGUUUCUAAAUAUUAUUUCAUUAUAGCAGGAUAUAAUUUUGGUACAAGAGCUGGAGGGUUGGUGUUUUGAACAGACUGAUUUUUAUCUGGGAGCGAUCAAAUGAGUCACAGUUGGCUACUAAGAGUGAGGCUUCUUUACAUAAACCAGUCUGUGGUAGGUUGUCAGGAUGCAUUUCUAGUGAAGGUGGGAAAGCAGGAAGAAAAUCACAUUUCCCCAAACUUCCUUAGUUCUGUUUGAUGGAGUGAGCUCUGUUAACACGAUCCCUGACCAUGUGGAGAUGUACCACUGUCUUGUACGGCCCUCCUGUACUUGAAGGUGAAAUCGGUGUUUUAGCAACUGUUCCCUGCUGCAGUGUGUUAAAGGCCUUUGACCGAUACCUGAAAACUGUGGCUGUUCAUCAGGGCUUUAACAAUUUUACUUUGUUUUUAUAUUGUAUGUGGGAGUGUAAGCCAUGGGUUUGUGUAAAACUUAAGCUUUCUCUAGAAUACCUGCUCUUAAAAAAAGUUCAGGUGGGCUCAUGGAUCCCACAGGCUGUAUAUGGGACUUGUUUGUCUAGGAAGUAGCUUUAAAUUUUGCCCAUCAGAAUUACUGUAGCAUAUUGUUCAGAUCAGGUGGGCGUUCCACGCUUGGUGGCACUUGGCUAAGAAUAGUAUUAAUGAUCAGUCCCAGAUCACUUGAUCGCUGUGUUUGGGAGUAACUCCCUGCUUAGCGGCUGAGCACUGUGCAUGUUGAACAUGUCCACUGCCAUCGGAAGCCUUCUCUGGUUAUUGCUCUUUAAGGACAGUUGCAGAAGAUUUAUUUUCCAACAAUAUUUCCUGUUUCAGAAUGAUCAGGUUUCAUGUCAUACUGAAUUGUUCACAAGCUGACUUUACAGGUCUUGUCUGUUUGAUGGUACCAUUAACAUAGUGUUUUUUAAUUACACAGCAUUGCAAUACAGUGCCAUUUUGCAAUUUCUUUGCAUUGUACUUGAAAAUAAGUUGAAUUGCAGACUAUUUAAAACCGCUUUCCUGCGCUUUCAGUAGCAGUGAGAGCUUACCUUACGUGAAGCCUUUAUGUAAAAAUAUAUUUUGUAACAACCUCAUAGAUCUUUAACGAAACCAAGAUUUGUAUUAGCUUUGUAUAAAUGUUUGUGGCUUACAAUUUUAUAUGUUUAACUUUUUAUAAACUUUCCAGGGACUACUUUUUAUUGUAAAUUUUUUUUUUCCUCCUUGCUUUAGUUGAAGAUUGGCAAUAAAUUAUUUCUAAGGGAGGUCCCGGAAGAAAAAGCAUCACUUCCUUUUUAUAAAACGGUUAAAUCGAUUAAUAGUUUAAAACCUCUUACACUCGCUUGUACAUUGCUCUGUACAUACUCUCCAAAAGUGUUGCCUUUCAGCUAUUAAUAUUUGCCUUGUGUACAAAAAUUACUGACGAUGAAUAAACAUAUACAGCCUCA